CCCACGCGACCCUUUGCUGCCAUCUAGCCCGUGAACCUCAAAAUAUAUUUCAGAUAAAAUAACCUAACUUUAAUAACUUAGCUAGUUACCUCACAUAAAGUAAAAUAACCAAACACCCAACAUCAAAUCCUGGAAGCAGUGACUCCAUGAAAGCGGUUUGACGCGAGUAGAUUUAGUUAGAUAAUCGACAUGGCGGAACAUAAUCAUGUGGGAAAUAUGGAUAGCCUCUUAUUUCAGUUGGUUUUGCAGACACGGGACUUAUCUCAAAGCAAGGACGAGGUAGAAAAGCAGACAGAAAUAUGCAAAUUAAAUAUAGCCGAGAAGAAGACUCAUAUUGAAGACACCAAGAUAAGCAUUGAGAAACUUGAAGAUGCCAUAACACAAAAGGACCACCUGGUGAAGUAUUAUAAAAGCAAUGCUAAAAGCCUGAAGGUCACAAACAAUCUCCUGAUUCAGUAUGAGAAAACGCUGCAGCUUGAAUUAGAGAGGAAGCAAGAAGUGUUCAAUCAAGAUGCGAAGAUGUAUCAGGACAGAAUUGAAGAGUACAGGAAAGUAUUUGAGCAGCACAAAGCUCGAUACCAUGAGAAUCCUCUUGUACAAAAGCUUGUCAAGGCACAGGCAGAGAAUGAGGAGAUUGAACACAGAAUUAGAGCUUGUGAGGAACAGAUAGGAGCUAAGGAAAGAGAACUACAGAAUUUACAAGGUAACAUUCCUGAUCCAUCCUUCACAGAGUGUGCAUCAGAGACCACCACUGCACAGCAGAGUACAGCAGAGCCCCAAGAUGUGGAGAGCGCUCAGGUAGAGCUGGGAAUCUCCUUGCUCCUGCUCGACCCACAGCAGAAUCCAAGCCUGGAUGAGGAGCAGGGCUAUGUGAGUGGUGAAGGACAAGAGUCAGUGACCAGGAAGGAGAAGCAGGAUGAUGAAGUGUCCACAGAGGAGCAUGUUGCACCUUCACCUCCCACGGACAUCGAUCACCUCGAUGUGUGGCUGAGCAAAGGGCCUGGUGGUCAGGUGCUGAGGCCCAGCCAGGAACUGCCAAAUGAAGCAGAAGUACUGGAGAGGCUUGAGGUUUUUGGUGUGGUGGGGGCGGAGCAGAGGGAGGUUGAUGGGAACAAGGAGACGGCACACGUCUAUGGUCAGGAAGAGGAGCAGGAGGGAGGGGGCUUUCCUCAAAGCCCCCCUGCCAGAAUGAAAGCUGUGCCAACCACUCCCACCUUCUCUCUCCAUGCUAGCCCUGCCCAGUCCUCAGGACAGUACAAGUCUCCAACAUUCCUGUUCUCCAUGAGCACCACGCCAGAAACACCUGGAUUCUCCGGGUUUGACUGCAGCUUUGACAUGGGAUCUCCCAAGGAGGAGGACAUGCCCUUCUCUUUCACAAGCUCCUAUUUUGAUAACAGGAAAUCUUCAGAUUCCAAAUCACCAGGCUUUCUGAUUGACCAAAUGGAGAGCCAGGCAGAGGAAGAGUUUGAGUUGUUUUUUUCCACAAAGAGUCCAAACCAAUCCUCAGCUGGCCAAGAGCAAAGUGAAGCAAACGAUGAAUUCACUUUCUUCAACUUUGGGAAGUCUUAACAUGUGAUGUGCACUUUUGUGAAGUCGCAGUUAUAAUAUAUUUUACCCAUAAUAGAUUUAUAUUAAUAUAUUUAUAAAUGUUAUAGGUUGUAUUUGUUCCGAAUUUUUGGAUGGCAUUGCUGUUUGUAGAUUUUUGACUUUGUCACUCGUACAGUUAUUUGGAGUUCAUAAGUGUUGACUUGUUAUAUUGGAAAUGUGUGAUAUGAAGAUUAUACUUAAGUGCAGAAACUGAAAUGGGCUCAGAAAACAAAGGAAAAAUGAAAAGUGCAAUUGCUCAUGAAGCCCUCAAAAACAAAACACAACACUUAGUUUACAGUUAUAUUUUAUUAGACUCAAUUCUUUUUGGAAAUCCUAAAGAUUAAUUAACUUGAUUAAACUCUAAACUUAAAAGAAGUUCUGAUAUAUGUCCAUUUAGAAUAUGAGUAAAUGUAUCUCAUGGCACUGUUGGAGGUUUAUCCAAAUUUGUUUCAAAACUAAGAUUUCUCAUUUGCAGAUCUGCAACAUACAGCAGUACUACACACACACA